AUGCCGUUUCUUCGGAGCCCUCGCCAUAACAGGACGGUGGACAUGGCAGACAUCUCCCAGUCAUUAGAGAAUGUCUCCUUCCAGUCCAACAUGAUGGACGUGGAUGCCUCUUGUAGGACCCCAGUGAAAGAGCCCUACAAUAAGGAGAACAUAACUCCACUCAACUCACCCACAAAGCUGGUGCUUCACAAAACGCCCAUUGGGAAAUCACAGCCAUUGACGCCUCAGGCUCAAAAUAUAAAGCUUCAGAAUGACAUCAACAGGCUCCAACCACAGAACUCCUUCUUGGGGCCCGACUUCCAUUCCAAGGCCAACACAGCCAAAACAAAGAGACUCACCUCAGUUGUGCAGUUGUACUUUUUAGACUACUAUUGUGACAUGUUUGACUAUGUCAUUUCGAGACACGAAAGAAGCAGAUUGGUUGAGGCUCGUUUACAAAGUGAUCCCAAUUACGCUUCGAACCCUAAAAGAGCUCAAUUGGAAUGGAAGAGCUACGUGGGAAGAGAAAGAGCUCUUCUACGUAAAAGAAGAAUCAAGCCAAAGCAUAAGGAUUUUGAAAUGAUUACCCAAGUUGGUCAGGGAGGUUAUGGCCAGGUGUUUUUAGCCAGAAAGAAAGACACAAGAGAAGUUUGUGCGUUGAAAGUUUUGAAUAAGAAGCUAUUGGUGAAGCUUGAUGAGACAAGACACGUCUUGACCGAAAGAGACAUUUUGACAAACACAAGAUCCGACUGGUUGGUCAAGUUAUUAUAUGCUUUCCAAGAUGCGGAGAAAGUGUUUUUAGCUAUGGAAUUCGUCCCUGGUGGAGACUUCAGAACUCUUCUUAACAAUACCGGCUAUCUUAUUCCACCACAUGCUAGAUUCUACAUUGCUGAGAUGUUUGCUGCGGUGAACUCUUUACAUGAUCUAGGUUUUACCCACCGUGACUUGAAACCGGAAAACUUCUUGAUUGACUCUAAAGGUCAUAUUAAGUUGACUGAUUUUGGUUUGGCCGCCGGCACUGUCUCUAGUGACAGAAUUGAGUCUAUGAGAAUCAAAUUGGCUAACUUACAAGAUUUGGAUCAUUACGAGGUUCCUUCGAAGCUUAUGUAUGAGCGUCAAAAGAUUUUCAAGCAAUCGCAAGGCCAUCACAACCUUGCGAAUUCGAUCGUGGGCUCUCCGGACUACAUGGCUCUCGAGGUAUUAGAGGGCAAGAACUACGACUUUACCAUUGACUAUUGGUCAUUGGGCUGCAUGUUAUUCGAAGCGCUUUGUGGAUAUCCACCAUUCAGUGGACGCAAGCAAGACGAAACUUAUUACAACUUAAAGCACUGGAAGUCAGCAUUGAGAAGACCCCAAACAAGGGAUGGUCGUUAUGUAUUCUCAGAUAGAACAUGGGCAUUGAUCACUAAAUUGAUAGCUUCUCCAUCAAGCCGUUUGAGGAACAUAAAGCAGGUACAAGCACAACCGUACUUCAGCGACAUUCGUGACUGGGACCAUUUAAGAGAGAAAACCCCUCCAUUCACGCCACAAUUAGACAACGAGGAAGAUGCCGGCUAUUUUGACGAUUUCGAGGACGAAGAGAGCAUGGCGAAAUAUAAAGAUGUCUUUGCUAGACAAGAGCAGAAUGAAUCCAUUUUAGACAAAGCGAGCGGGAGAAAUGUUGGAAAAAAUAACUUUAUAGGGUUUACGUUCAAGCAUAAACUGAAUCCAAACAAUAGAUUCCAAAAUGGGGAAAUCAACUUGCUUGCGGGUCAAAAUGGAGGGUCUGGAGGCUUCGCUGGCAACCGUUUGGAUCCAUUGGCGACCCUAUACUAA